CCAUCUCAUACCCCGCAUAAUCCCCCUCACGGAGGUUUUGGAGAGGUUCCCGUAUUGAUACUAUAAAUUGCACUCGAAUGCGUGCUCUGUCCCUCUCGCCAUUCCAACAGUCGACCCGUCUUUUCCAAUCUUUUACCCGUUCGUAGCGCAAGAAACCAUGACCAAAGGCGAGCUGCAGGACCUAGAUAAGCAUGGCAACACGCAUGUCGAAAACGUGGUCGACCCCGCCUUAAACGACGAGCUAGCCCAGCUCAGCCCCGAGCAAUAUGCGGCUGCAGAGAGAAAGUUGAUCUGGAAACUUGAUCUGAGGAUCAUGCCCUGUCUUUGGCUCAUGAUUGUACUCAACUACCUUGACCGCAAUGCACUUGCCAAUGCCAGGAUUCAAGGCAUAGAAGAGUCUUUGAACCUCAAAGGAUCUCAGUUCAAUACUGCGAUUUCAGUCCUCUUUGCAGGAUAUAUAGCUCUGCAAAUUCCAUCUAACCUUAUUCUUACACGAGUGAGGCCAAGCUUGUAUCUGCCCGGCUGUAUGGCUGCCUGGGGCGUAGUUUCGGGUUUAAGCGCCGCAGUGCAUAACUUCGAAGGCCUGGUGAUUGUGAGGUUCUUCCUUGGAAUGGUUGAAGCCCCAUACUUUCCUGGGGCAUUACUGUUACUCUCCAGCUGGUAUACCAAGCGAGAAUUGGCACUGAGAACCUCAGUACUUUACUCGGGGAGCCUGCUUGCAGGCGGUUUCGGAGGCCUUGUUGGCGCAGGUGUACAAUCGGGACUUGAUGGAUCAAGAGGCCUUGACUCCUGGAGAUGGCUGUUUAUAAUCGAGGCCAGCCUCACUGUCUUUGUAGCUCUAUGUUCUAUGCUGAUUCUCCCGGACUAUCCCCAUUCAACCAAAUCACUUAGCCCUUUGGAACGUGCCAUUGCUGUCCGUCGGAUCCAAGUAAUGGCAUCAAUAUCCGACGAGAAGAAAGGAUCCGUGCUCUAUGGUCUGCGUCUCGCCAUCACCGACUACAAAGUAUGGCUGCUCUCCCUGAUGAUGAUUGCUAAAACAUCUGCGGGUGCCGUGAUGUCUUUCAUUCCGACUCUAGCAGAAACCUUCGGGUAUGGCAAGGUAGAGACUCUACUCCUUGUGGCACCUCCGUACGUCUUCGCAACCAUCGUCGCUCUCGCAGUGUCGUACAGCAGCGACAGAUUCUCGGAGCGCGCAUACCAUGUCGUCAUUCCUAUGGUGUUUGCUAUGGCUGGCUACAUUAUGGCGGCAUCCACGUUGGCGCUGCCAGCACGUUACUUGUCACUUUUCCUCAUGCUAGCGGGGCAAUAUGGUCCGUACAACGUGGCACUCGCUUGGAUCUCUAGCACUAUUCCGCAGCCACUUGAGAAGCGCUCGGCAGCCAUCGCGAUCAUCAACACGAUCGGGAACAUUGCGCAGAUCUAUUCGCCCUACUUCUACUUCGACGGGCCGCGAUAUUACCAAGCCAUGAUAGCCAACGCGUGCUUCUGCCUCGCCUGCCUGUGUGCCACGCUGAUAUUGCGGUGGUGCCUGUUGUGGGAGAACCGGAAGCUUGCGUCUGCCGAAGCCAACGAAGUGCAGGAGCCCGACAACGGGCGGAUAGACGAGAAAGGCUUCAGGUAUCUCUUGUGAUGACACGAUUCGGGGGGUUUCCUAGGCCUGUUUCUAUGGCACGACGUAGUCACUCAUUUUAUGGCGGAGUCUGUACAACGGGGUGGGAGGACAAGAGGGGCAGUGAUUA